AUGGAGGCUGGAAGCGUCCUCCAUCCUGAGGUCGUUGACUUUUCUGUCACUCUGAGCCUCAUCGUCACUCUUCUCGGACUCCUUUAUUGGUACUCGGUGUACCCGUUCUCAGUCCUGUCUCGAUGCGGCAUCAAACAUCCAAAGACGGUGCCGUUUUAUGGAAACUUCUUCAUGUUUCGAGAGGGUUUUUACCAACCUGUGAUAAAGCUGAUAAAGACACACGGCAGAGUGUGUGGGUAUUAUUUAGGCCGCAAGCCGGUGGUGGUGAUCGCAGACCCCGAUAUGCUCAGACAGGUUCUGGUCCGGGACUUCAGUAGCUUCCCCAACAGACAGAGUCUCCGGUUUCGCACCAAGCCCAUGAUCGACUGUCUGCUCAUGUUGAAGAAUGAACACUGGAAGAGGGUGCGCAGCAUCCUCACUCCGUCCUUCAGUGCCGUUAAGAUGAAAGAAAUGGUUCCUCUGAUCAAUGCAGCUGCUGAAACCUUGAUGAACAACUUGAAAGGCUACGCUGACUCAGGAGAGGCCUUUGACAUCCACAGGUGUUUUGGUUGCUUCGCGAUAGACGUCAUCGCCAGCGUGGCAUUCGCAGCUCAGGUGGACUCGCAGAACAACCCGGACGAACCGUUGGUUCAGAAGACACAGAUGUUCUUCUCCCUGUCUGCCUUCAGGCCCAUCUUCUUUCUCUUCGUUGCUUUACCUUCCAUCAUGACUCCAUUGGUAAAGUUCUUCCCCGACAGAAGACUGGACCAGAUGAACGAGUUCUUCAAGAACAGUAUUCAGAGGAUCAUCCGGCAGCGGGAGCAGCAGCCUCCUGAGAAGAGGCGUCGAGACUUCCUCCAGUUGAUGCUGGAGGCUCAAACCAGGAAUGAGUGUGUGUCCUUGGAGCACUUUGACACAACAGACCACAGUGAUCUGGAGCAGAGACGUGCACCCUGGGAUCAGCAGAGCGGCCAGCCUCGCUCUCGGGAGCUUCCCGCCAGGCGUUCACACAAGACCAUGACCGAGGAGGAGAUCGUGGGUCAGGCUUUUAUCUUCCUCCUGGCGGGCUCCGAGACCAACACAAGCGCGUUAACGUUUACCUGCUACCUCCUGGCCUUACACCCCGAAUGCCAGAGCAGAGUCCAGGAGGAGGUGGACCAGUUCUUCACCAGACACAGCUCACCAGAUUACUCAAAUGUCCAGGAGCUGAAGUACUUGGACAUGGUUGUGAGUGAAGCGUUACGGCUCUACCCUCCUUUCUUCAGAUUUGCUCGGGCCAUCGACCGGGACUGCGUGGUGAACGGCCAGCUGCUUCCGAAAGGAGCCACCCUGGAGAUCCCUGUGGGUUUUCUCCAUCAGGACCCGGAGCACUGGCCGGAGCCGGAGAGGUUCAUCCCUGAGAGGUUCUCUCCCGAGGCUAAAGCCGCUCGGCAUCCUUUCGUCUACUUGCCAUUUGGAGCUGGGCCGCGGAACUGUGUGGGCAUGAGACUGGCCCAGCUGGAAAUCCGGAUGGCUUUGGUGCAUCUGCUUCACGAGUUCAGCGUCGUCGCCUGCUCGGAGACCCAGGUUCCUCUUGAGAUAAAGCUAUCCUCCGUUCUUGAACCUAAAAAUGGCAUCUUUGUGAAAAUUGAGAAGAGAAACAUGGCUGAGGAGUGA